GACGAUAUGGUUCUGUUAAUAAUUUUAAAGUUGUCUCGACUCUCGAUCCCGUGGAAGAAGCUGGGUAGCAUGUAUAGAGGGUUGCAUUGUGGUUUAUUAAAAUUCAUGUGGACUUAAUCCAAAUAAGGUACAGUUACCAGGAGUAAAAUUGUGACAAGAUCAAAUUCUAGGGCUUUCAAUUCCCACGCACGAACAUCCCAAUUUCUACGCGAUCAGAAAAUUCAGAACCAGCCCAAAAUCGAGCAGUUUCUUUCUAGGCUUUUUCUACCCAGGGCCGGCCCUGGAAAAGAAGAGGAACAAGACGACGUCAUGUCUGUGCAUUCUCCAUGCAAGGCUACACCUUCCUCUGCUUCUUCUCUCCGCAAGGUUGAAUUGGAGAUUAAAUUGUUAGAAGCUCUUGCAAUCUAUCCGCCGGCAAAAUUACAAGGUAUACACCGUCACUUUGUUCUCUACGGUCUAAUGGAAUACCUGCGAAGAAGCUUUGGUAGACACUUCUCUUCUUCAGAUGUUCUGCAGUUGCUUGAUCGUUUCUACAACUUGGAAAUGCUGGUAUGUGUUGUGAUAUAUGUUGAGGUUUCAUAUCAUCUUCCCAAGGACAACUGUAAUGAAUAUGGCACUGCAUAUGGUGAACUACGAACACAAAAUAGAGUGGAAACUGUGCAAUUCCUUAGCGUUGUACAUGUCAUAUGUUGGUGUACCAAUGUCAUCACAAAAUUCUGGUGCUAGAUUUUCUCUGCCUAAACCAACAUGUCAUUGCCCAUUACUUUAUAAACUCCACAUGGAUUUUCUUAAUUUUCACAGGGCUUUGAGUGGUGAUUGGUCUUGUCUGGUUGUGGGACAGUGGAGUUUUCUUCAUUUUGAUGCAGUAUAAUGUUAAUGUUGGUAGUUUAGUUUCAUGGUUCCAUCUUCCUAUACCUUCUGAUACAUGUUUUUACUUGUGAUAAUAUUUAUUGCUUGCUUCAAGCUCUGUCAGAAGUUUACUCUGUCUUGUUGGACACUAUAAUAGAAAGAAAAAACAACAUUUCAUCCUUUACUUAGCCUAAAAAAAACAUUUCAUCCCUUUUCUGUUGGUGCUUCUUCUUAUCGCAUGAAAAUGUUUUAAAACUAUGCCAUCCUUUUCAAUUAGAGAUGCCACGAUUGAGUGUUUAUUUAACAUCUUCUCCCCUUCUUCUUUUUUUUAAUUUUUAAUUUUUCAGAAACCAGAUGACGAGGAUGCGGAAAUCCUGAAUCAGGAGGAAGAUUUCUGCCUGCCUCCAAGUUAUUUUGUUAAGGAGGAGUCCUGAGCAACAAAACUAGGGCAUGCGUUUCCUUCUGCAGUUGUUCUCCUUCACUCUUAACUCCCAUUCUUGCAUUUUGAUGGUCAAAAUCCUCAUCGUGUCCCUAAAGAUAAUUUUUGUCGUUGUCACCAACUUUGUUGUUUUCGAAGUAUUUGUACAAAUCAAGAUGCAACUCUGAAUGGGAUGGGAAUUUGAUUUCGAGAUUUACCAGUGAGCAACUGUAAGUAUAUAUUUGUCCCAGUAAAUUGGCCUGUACAUGGAUGGUGUCACACUUUUUGGGUGUAAAAGAAACAUGCUUUUUAGGUUAA